UCACUUUAUAUAUAAUUACAAACCAUAAGUACUGUAAUACCAUUUUCAACAAUGUACAUUAAAGUAACACAGGCACUUUUCUUGGCACUGGUUUGCAUUCAAAUCAUUAACGCAAACCCUGCGGAUCCAAAAGCAGAUUGCGUUGGUACGUGGUUUAUGAAGCUAGAUAAAACAGCAUGCAAAUGUGGUUAUUACACCGGGACCCAUUGUGGCAAUCGUAAAGAUAAACCAGGUGAUAUUGUUGACCUUGGUGCCGUGUUGACUGGAAACUGUUACCCAAAUGCCUAUUACCACUGUAAGGAUGCAUUUGCCCCUGCUCAAUUAAAGUCAUAUUGCACUGGACCUAAUGGGUGUGUGGCUAAAUCUAAGCUUGGCGAUGAUAAUUGUGGAACGGCUUUCUAA